AUUACAAAAAUUAAAAGAAAUUAAAUUUUCAUUCUUUUUUAGAAAAAUUGUCGAAAAAAAUCCAAAAGAAAAGAAAAAGAGAAAAUUCCAAACCCGUGAACACCUUUUCCUACUCUACAAAUGAAUUUCUCUCUCUCAAACACUUCACCAAGCACGAACAGGAAAACUCUCUCUCUUGGAGUGAAGUAAUGAAGCUUCAGAUCUUGUGUGAAUCGGGGAUCAACGAGAGAUAGAGAGGAAUUGGAUUGAUUCAUGGAAGUGCAGAGAUGAAGUUCUACAUAUCGACAAAGGGAAUAAGGAGAGUGACAAUAUCUAACGAGGACGGAAAAGGAUCGGCGAAGACUACAACGGCAGGGACCGGCGCUGGCUCCGGUCGCCGGAUUUCGGCUCGAACAGUGUUUCCGGUGGUGGUGGUGCUUGGGAUCGUGCUGCCGUUUCUGUUUGUGAGGAUCGCGAUCUUGAUGCUGGAAUCUGCUGCCGUGUGUUCCUCGUUUGAAUGUGCUGGGUGGAGGUUUUUCAGUGGGGUUGACACGUCACUAGAACUCAGAGAUGAGCUGACAAGAGCCCUAGUAGAGGCAAAUGAUGGUAAUGUUAAAGAGGGAGCAGGGUCAUUCAAUGAACUUGUGAAAGAGAUGACUUCAAACCAAGAUCUUAAGGCUUUUGCCUUCAAGACCAAAUCCGUGCUAUCACAAUUGGAACGCAAGGUGCAACUAGCAAGACAGCAGGAGUCAGUAUAUUGGCAUCUAGCUUCUCAUGGUGUUCCCAAAAGUCUACAUUGUCUUUGUCUAAAGUUGGCUGAAGAAUACGCUGUAAAUGCUAUGGCCAGGUCUCGUCUACCCCCUCCUGAAUUUGUAUCUCGCCUUGUUGAUCCCACCUUUCACCACAUAGGUCUUCUCACUGACAAUGUCCUUGCUGCAUCUGUUGUCGUAACCUCUGCUUAUAAAAGUUCAAUCAACCCUGAAAAACUAGUUUUUCACAUUGUUACUGACAAAAAAACUUAUGCCCCCAUGCAUGCUUGGUUUGCCACCAAUUCUGUUAAAUCAGCAGUUGUGGAAGUUAGGGGACUGCACCAAUACGACUGGUCCGAAGAAGUGAAUGCUGGUGUUAAAGAGAUGCUGGAAACUAAUCACUUCAUUUGGAAGCAAUACUAUAACAAGGGAAAGGACCUCCAAUAUACUCAAGAACAUAGCACAUAUUUGGAGGCUUUAAGGCCCAGCAGCCUAUCCUUGAUGAAUCAACUGCGCAUGUAUACGCCUGAGCUGUUUCCAGAUCUCAAAAGGAUAGUUUUCUUGGAUGACGAUGUUGUAAUCCAACAUGACAUUUCUUCUUUAUGGGAACUAGAUCUUAAUGGAAAAGUCAUCGGUUCUGUAUUCAAGUCAUGGUGUGGAGACAGCUGCUGCCCUGGAAAUAAAUACAUGAACUACUUGAACUUUUCACAUCCUCAAGUAUCAUCAAAAUUCCACGGUGAUCAGUGUGCAUGGCUCUAUGGCAUGAAUAUAUUUGAUCUUGAAGCUUGGAGAAGAUCAAACAUAACGGAGACUUACCGUCAAUGGUUGAAACUUAACCUCGAGUCUGGGACGACAAUGUGGAAUCCAGGAGUGCUUCCACCUGCCUUGAUUGCAUUUGAUGGUCAAGUGCAUCCUAUAAAUUCAUCAAUGCUAGUGUCUGAUUUAGGUUAUCGCCAUCAAUCAGCGGAAAUUAGCAAAGAAAAAUUGGAAGCUGCGCCUAUUAUUCAUUUCAGUGGCCCUGCAAAACCAUGGCUUGAAAUUGGCUUCCCGGAGGUUCGAAGUUUGUGGAGUAGACACGUAAAUAUCUCUAAUAAGUUUAUUAGGAGAUGUAGAAUUACAGCGUGAAGAAACAAAGUUUUUUCACCUCCAAUAUUUAUUGAGAUUGAACCAGUGAUACCGUAUGGGUUUCAGAGGGAAGAAGGCUCUGCUUUCAGUCUCUGACUCAUACGCUCUGCACAGUUUGAUACCAGUUACGCCACGCCUUGUCCAUAUAAAUAUAGUAAAUAGAUGAAGUUACCAUGCUACACCCUACUUGAAGCAGUAUCUGUGGUUAAGUUAUAGCAUCAUUGAUCUAGGUGCCUGACAAUACUGUAAAUUUCUUUAUCAAAAAUACUUUUUUAAGUGGAGAAAUUGUUUGUAUGUUUUGAACA